AUGCAUCGUCUUUUUGCUGAGCUGGAGCCAUCUUUAACCGUCACAGAGCAAAACCUGGAAGACCGAGUUCGGUAUCUCUUGCGCUCAAAUAUAUUUGAUGUCGCCAAACUCGAACGGCUACGACGUGAGGCUGUUCCGUCAUUGGAUGAAAUUGCUACGGCUGAGGAUGCGGCGCCACAAAUUGCAGAGCAACCCGCAAACGUGGAUGCCGCCGUGAAUACCCCAGUUGUGGUUGAUUCAAACGAUGAUGGAACAGUCGCCCAGGAACUGGAAUUAGAGCAUAUGAGGAGUAUAUUGGAAGAGGCGAUUGUGGAAACGCGUAGUACGCCUCUCGAAAAUCGACCGCGACUUCCCCGCAUAGCCCUAAGCAAGCGGAAUCGGGCUGUCGUGAGGGCUCUAAACCCAAUGCUGGUGACCUAUUUGGAAGCCAGUCGGGACCUUUGCGAGACGAACUCAAUUCUUUUUGGCUCAGCUAUAGGCGCCAAACUUUCCACUGCUGGGUACGCUACUGGACAAAGUAGCGCCCAGCCUGGAGAAUAA